UGUCUUCGUCUAUUGAUUUCUACUCCGUGGUGGAAUUUGGUGGUGGCAAUUACGGAGCAGAAGCGGCUUAACGGAGAUGCAGCACAGUGGGAGCUUGUCGAGUAGUAAUAGUUCGUCAGUGAGAGUACCGCCCUUGUCUCCGCAGUCUCAGCAGUCAUCGAGGCGGCUGAGCUUGUGCUCGCAAAUAGCAACCCACACGUCCUCGAUUGUGUUCCCGGAGAAACGUGCUAAGAAGCAUAAAGCUUUCUCCAAACGCAGCGAAGGCCCUAUCGCGGAUGAUCAAAGUGAUAAAUCCAAAAGGGAAGAGCAUCGUAUUGAUAUUGGUGGAGGGGAUGAAAAUUCCGAUUUGCUUGGCUAUGUAGUUUACUCAGGGAAGCUCAUUUUGGAUAAGAGAAAGAAUGUCCAAAAUAAUAAUAAUUCCUCCGAUAUAGAGCAGGAUUCUUCUACUGAUAUAGCCAGCCAAGAAGCUGUUGCUGCUAAACUCACCAGCAAGGCAUUGAUUUGGGGUUCACAUGUAUUGUCAAUUGAUGAUGUCAUCUCGGUAUCCUACAAUGUUGGUGUUAAACAUUUCACUGUGCACUCUUACCCUCUAAAAAAGGCAGCUUGUGGCUUCUCGGGAUUUAUUAAACCAAAGAGAAGGCGAAAGGAUUUUUGUUUCUUGGCUUCUAGUGUAGAAGAGGCAGUUCAAUGGGUUGGUGGGUUUGCAGACCUGCAUUGUUACAUAAAUUGUUUGCCUCACCCUUUAGUUUCUUCGAAGAAGCAAGCUUCUUCUGAAUUGUUUCCAAUAGAUACUCCUCCUGAGCUUGUAUUCAGAUGCAAGAAUUCAUCAAAAAUGCUUGUGAUAUUGAAUCCAAGGUCAGGUCGGGGUCGUUCCUCUAAAGUUUUCCAUGAGAUUGUGGAACCGAUAUUUAAGCUUGCUGGAUUUAGAUUGGAGGUAGUCAAGACAACAUCUGCCGGCCAUGCUAAAAAGCUGGCAUCUACUGUUGAUAUCAGCACAUGCCCUGAUGGAAUAAUAUGCAUUGGUGGUGAUGGGAUUAUCAAUGAGGUUCUAAAUGGUCUGCUUAGUAGAGACAAUCAGAAAGAAGGAAUUUCUAUACCUAUCGGAAUUAUACCAGCAGGUUCUGAUAAUUCAUUGGUUUGGACUGUUCUUGGUGUUAGAGAUCCAGUCUCUGCCGCGAUUUCUAUUGUAAAGGGAGGUCUAACUGCUAUAGAUGUUUUUGCUGUUGAGUGGAUUCGGACUGGUGUUAUUCACUUUGGGAUGACCGUAUCUUAUUAUGGUUUUGUCAGUGAUGUCUUAGAACUUUCUGAGAAAUAUCAGAAGCCAUUUGGUCCACUACGAUAUUUUGUUGCGGGGUUCCUAAAGUUAUUGUGUUUGCCAAAGUACAACUAUGAAGUGGAGUACCUCUCAGCAGCAAAAGAGGAUCAAGAAGGUAAAACCUCUACUGAUAGGGAGGUAGUCAACAUGUCAGAUCUUUAUACCGACAUUAUGAGGAGGUCAAACACAGAUGACAUUCCCAGAGCUUCUAGUUUAUCUAGUAUUGAUUCAAUAAUGACUCCCAACCGAGCGUCUAUAGGUGAGAUGGACACAUGUAGUAGCACUCAUGCCAGCACCGAACCAUCUGAAUACGUCCGUGGCCUUGAUCCAAAGACUAAACGUUUGUCAUUUGGGAGAAGCAAUGUAACAGCUGAGCCUGAAGUUAUUCACCCUCAGAUACCACUCUCAACAACUUCAAACUGGCGAAGGACCAGAUCGAAAUCUAGGACAGAUAAAGGAUGGAGUGGAUUGACUGCAGCACCUGAUCCUUCUAGAUGUUCUUGGGGUAAUGCUGCAACAAAUGAUAGCGAGGAUAUAUCUUCGACAUUGUCCGAUCCCGGUCCAAUUUGGGAUGCUGAACCAAAAUGGGACACUGAAGCUAAUUGGGAUAAGGAAAAUCCUAUUGAGUUACCAGGGCCACAAAAUGAUGUUGAUUCAGGAAUAAAGAAGGAAGUUGCCCCAAGAUUCGAAGAUAAAUGGAUUGUAACUAAGGGACCGUUUCUUGGUAUCCUUGUGUGCAACCAUGCAUGCAGAACAGUGCAGAGUUCUCAGGUGGUGGCUCCGAAAGCUGAACAUGAUGACAACACCAUGGAUAUGCUCUUAGUUCAUGGGAGUGGGCGACUUCGGUUGAUUAGAUUUUUCUUGCUUCUACAGAUGGGUAAACACCUUUCACUGCCAUAUGUUGAAUAUGUCAAGGUAAAAUCAGUUAAAAUUAAGGCUGGGAAACACACACACAACGGUUGUGGCAUUGAUGGUGAGUUUUUCCCCCUUGACGGAGAAGUAGUGUUGUCGUUGCUUCCAGAACAGUGCAGACUAAUCGGUCGAUUCCCUGGCCAUCAUGUAUGAUGACCAAGAGACAUGUUUUCUCUAGAAAUGUUCUUUUUGUCUUAUGUAGGAUGCAAAUGCUUUCUUCUAGACUUGCAGCACGGGAGUGUCGGAGGAUACUUGUACAAGACAGAUAUUUGGUCUGAUACUAUAGUAUUUUUCAUGCUAAAACCCCUCCAAUUUGUGCCAUUACAUACUGUUAAUCUCUUUUCGUCUGUUGCUUUUUUGUUUGCUUCUUGUUAGUUCCAUGGUAUAUACGCUUUUCUUCUGUUUGUUUUCUCUGUGAGCUUCUAAAUGUACUGGAUCAGAAAGAACACUUGAUUUUAUUUUA